AUCCGUCAAAGAGGGCUUUCCCCACUUGUAGCCUCCAUAUCCCGGUCCUCCUCGCUGGCAUCUUCGAGCACCGCCAGGGGCUGGGCUGCUGAGGAGCUCCAUGCCCCUCCGCAUGCAGCGCACCUAGAGCACAUUUCUGCAGACCGCCUCUGUGGCCUUAACCUCCCACAUCUCUCUGCGGUUCGCCUCCACAUCCUCCAGCCUCCCCCUCCUCCCCCUCUGAGCGCUCAGCUCCUCAUUCUCCUCUCGGUCUCCCGCCAUCGCGUCCAGCUGUGGCCCUCACAGGGCGCGCUCGCUGGCUCUCACCUGACAGGUCCCUGGCCUCAGGACGACAGCCAGCAACAGCACAUUCCCUACAUGAGGGACAAAGCGACGCAGACCCCCAGGGCCUGGGCAGAUGAGAGGAGGAGGGGCUCUCACAAACGCUCGGCCUCCUGUGGGAGCACCGACCAGCUCAAGGAGAUUGCCAAAUUGCGUCAGCAGCUCCAGCGCAGCAAACGCAGCAGCCGCCAUCGGAGGGACAAAGAGCGCAAGUCGCCGUUCAAUGGCAGCCACACCAUCAUCCAGUCGCAGUCGCCCAUGCCCAAGACCAUCCUGAUCCCCAUCCCCAUCUCCAAGUCGUCGGCCCCUCGGUUCCGAAACAGCGUGGAGGGCCUCAACCAGGAGAUCGAACGCAUCAUCAUCCGAGACACCCCCGAGAAGGACGAGACCAUCGUUCCACAGGAUGUCCCAGAUGGACACCGUGCACCCCCACCCGUCCCCCCACAGCGCAGCAGCAGCACCCGCAGCAUCGACACACAAACUCCCUCGGGGGGCGGCCUGAGCGGUAACCAUAGCAACUGCAGCAGCCGUCCCGACUCCAUCUCACCCUCCUACCUCACUGUCCUCAACGACACGGGUGGAGGCAGCCCCUACGAGGACAAAGAGCUGGGCCCCUGCUCCCCGCUGCCUAAAUACGCCGCCUCUCCCAGACCCAACAACAGCUACAUGUUCAAGAGAGAACCUCCAGAGGGCUGCGAGAAGGUCAAAGUGAUCGAGGAGUCCAUGCCCAAACCUCUGCAGGAGAUCCCUCCCUUCCUGUGUCCCGACCGCAACAAGGUCAACUUCAUCCCCAACAGCGGCUCUGCCUUCUGCCUCGUCAGCAUCCUCAAGCCCUUACUCCCCGCCCCGGACCUCAACUUUCGCCCCGGGGUGGGGCUCCGAAGCCUGUCCCCGUCCCUCGUGCCUCUGUCCACCCAGCCCUGCCUCUUGGAGGAGCCGGAGAGCUUCUGAUGCCCCCUCCCCCGCCCCCCCCAGUCCCCGAAAACAACCAACGAAAUCAGAAAGCAUUCGAGGAAACAACCCUUUUUGCUCCAAAAUGAAAAAAAAAAAAAAAGAAAUGCCUUCAGCAUGCCAGCUAAGCUCUCUCUGAUGUCCUUAUCUUCUUCAAAAAGCGCUUCCCACUGCCUCUCCUCCUCAGACGAUUACAACGUGAGAGUCCUGCAGCCCUGAGCAGGUGUUAGCAGCUAACAUUUCAUCGCUUUCUUCUAACUUUAGUGCUGGUUUACGUUCGUGUUUUUAGGAGGAGAAAGGGCGUAAGGACUUGACUCUUUUAUUUCAUCGUAUUAUACCAUGGCGCCUUUCCACGGACAUCUCUUUUCUAUCUGUAGUUAUUUAUCUUGAUAUGAAAUAUGCCUUCCAUUACGACGACAAAAAAAAAAAAAAAAAAAGGCUGCUGGUUUCCUUGGCGACCACGAGAUUGACCACGGAGGCUCAUUUUGGUGCUGCCAAAUAUAUCGUAGCAAAACUUGAAGGGUCGUGAAAAGGAGAAGUUAAAAAAAUGUGCCUGAUAUUUUAGACCGCUCAGUUUCCCUAAACCGGCAUAGUGCUCCGACGCAUAUUAUGGUCUGUGCACUGUGGUGGCAGUAGGUACAUACUAGAAAGGCAAGGCCAGGCAGGAAAAAAUACAACUAAGCACGUAUCCAGACCACCUCCAGAUGUCUGUUUGAUGCUUUUACUAGCAUGUAAACUGGUUCAAGCUGAUGCCUUCGUUCCUCUACCUGGUAGCAGUGACCUGUCCCUGCCGGACGGUGUGUAUCUAAGGGAAACGCAGGCCAGGGCUAUGAUGUGUGCAGCGUGUUCAACCUGUGUCUGCUUGCCCCCUCCUUCCCAAGCGCCAGCCUUUUCUUUACUCCGCCACCGUCACUUCUUCUCCCAGCUCUUUCCCUCCUUUUCUUUCCCUCACUGUCACUACGACGCUUGAUUUUCCUUCUGUCUUGCUCAGCUUGUGUUGUUGUGAAAUGCAUCCAGAAGGGGCAGCCCGUCCUCAGCGUGGACGGGCUGCCCCUGGCUGGCCGGGGCCCGAACAUGGAGAGGCUAGCGAGCCCAAAUACUACACUGAAGAACUCAAUACCAACAUUUUAUUCUUUAAUUCUACAAGCUUCAGUGAAUGUACACUACUGCUCAAAAGUUUGGGGUCACUCAAGAAUGUAAUUUUUGGAAGAAAUACAUUUUUUUCAGUGAAGAUGACAUUAAAUGAAUGAUAAAUCCAGUGUAGACAUUGUUAAUGUGGUAAAUGACUAUUCUAGCAGGAAAUGUUUACUGGAAUAUCUCCAUAGGGGUACAGAGGAACAUUUCCAGCAACCAUCACUCCUGUGUUCUAAUGCUACAUUGUGUUAGCUAACGGUGUUGAAAGGCUCAUUGAUGAUUAGAAAACCCUUGUGCAGUUAUGUUAGCGCAUGGAUAAAAGUGUGGAAAACAUGAAACUGUCUAGAUGACCCCAAACAUUUGAAGGGUAAUGUAUAUUCCUUGUAGAGGCUAAGCCAAUGCUUGAAGCCCCUGAGGUGCUUCACCAGGAUUUAUAUAGUUGACACGCCGACAACUUUACCGCGUCUGAUGAAGAGAGCCGAGACCAAUACUUGCUGUUCCAAUAAUCUGCGUUUAUUACUCCAAAUAAGUAUAGUCCAACAGCUUUAAUCUAAAACAAACAAUUCAUUGUUACCGGCUUUUCAGCGGCGGCUUCAACGGCGGUCAAAACUGUUUUUUCCUUCCGGGCGGAACACCUGCCCGGACAAAGAUUGGUUCCUAUUUAUAAUAAAUAGAGCUCAUUGGCUCCUACAUUCCUAAUAACUGUACAAGUCUUUGGCCACAUUCCCAGUAAGCAAAUAAGCUCCUGAAAACCUGUUUCCCUUUGAAACCUUAAAGCUGCUUUAAUCAACAAGGAAUCAGAUGUGAAAGAUGUUGAUUGUAGCUAUUAAGGACUUUGCAGUCUUCUACUGAGCUUUUUAGUAAUUUUCAAGUCAUUGUUUCGGUGUUAUUACCAACUGUUUUCAGUGGGAAAAAAUCUGAUCAGCACCGCAAUCUAAUCACAUGGUCCUUGUUUCAUUUCUGACCUUCCCUUAAAAUUUUAUCCAAAUCCGUUAAGUCGUUUUUGUGUAAUGUUGCUAACAGACAGACAGACAGACAAACGUACCUGACCGUCACAUAACUCCGACGCAUUCCUUGGCGGAGUAACUAGCUGGUGAUUGUCUUAUUGGCUGAAGGACCACACCUAAAGGAGAGUGAAUAUCACACUUAGAUGUGGAAAAAACACUUGUGACAUGUGUUUCUGCUGCCCCCAAGUGGCCAAAUUUACUAACCAAGCAACCAAUAGUAACAGCUAAAUGUGUAGAAAUAAAAUACCUGCUUCAGCCCAGCGACAAAUGCAGGAAAACACGAAAAAAAUCCCUGAUGUGGAAUGACCAAAAAUGUCCAAACAUUGCAGCAAACAGGCGAUCCGAAAACCAGGUUUUCAGGGCUUCGUUUUUAAAAUUAUUUUAAACCAGACAGUCUAGUUUUAGGUAGCAGCGUGAAGACUCUCGGUGUAGUUUUCAGGCCAGCUAACCCUCUCCACGCUCCGCUCCAUCCUCCUGUGUUGCCGUUAUGCGUCAUUACUACUUGACUGUGCCUGCUACGGUGGGAUAGGAAUGUACCGGAUUUGUAAAUACAGAGGCACACCGUGUUUGUAUUAUCGGCUGACAAAGAUAUGUAUCUAAAUGAGUCAACAAGUGUACCAUAUGACCCCCCCCUCACCUUCCUCCUCACCCUCCUCUUCCUCCACCAAGUACUGUGAAUUACUACAUGUGUCAUUAUUGUGAAUAAUAUUGUAUUUAUUUAUCGGACAAGGAGAGUAAUUGGGUCUUCAGAGAAUUUUAAAAUCGAGAAUAGAUUACAUCAUCCAUCUCAGGUUGUAGAGAAUAGGAUACAAGAGAAAAAAAAGAAGAUAUAAAGUAAUUUUUCAGUGCACACUUAAAAGUCUACACUACUAAGAGGGAGCAAAACCAACAGCUGCUGUCGUCCAUGUAGCCUCAACACAGUGGAGAUCCUGAAUGAUGUAAACCUGUAGCAGAGUAGAAGUAGAGAGAAGUGUGGAUGUCAUUUGUUCGGUGGUCUGAUUCGGAGUAAAAACACACAAAAAAAAUAUUUAAACUAUGAAAGAAAUGAAGGUUCCAAAAUGCUGAAAACAAACACACCAAAAGCGACGUUCUGAUUUAUUGUUUUUAGACGUCUGUUUACAAAAAACAGUAGAGUAAAAGAGCAGGUUAUACAUGUGGAAAUAGAAGUUUAAUCCAAAGCUUUUGUGUUUUUUUUUUUUUCAUGGAUAAACAGCAUUUUGGAAGAGUUUGAGACGAGACAAACUACUGGAAACAGAACUGCCAAGUUUUCAUCUGUUAAACCCCUUCGAGUGAAAUAAAAAGGCAUAGUUGAAUUUAAAAAAAAAAAAGCAUCUGUGAUUGAGUUGAGAAAUACAUUCUUUUAUUUUAAGCAUGUAAAUCAAGAGUAAACGGUAUAAUACA